UCUUCCUACACAUCCACUAAUGCACAAAGCUGCAUUCCAGCACACCAGCUGUCAUCUCACUGUUAUAAAAGGCGCUGUCAGGCUUUUUCAAUGACAUCACAUCCAAGUGCAAGUUUCCAACAUGGCGUCCAGCCGGGUGCCGGAGAGGGAGGUCCAGGAGGAGCCGAGACGCGCUGCGACCGCAAACCCCGACUUGUGCCUCCACAAAUACUCCCUGCUCAUCAUUAUAGGACGGACCGCUCACCUCAGACAGACGGGACACAUCAGCAGGGAGAUUGAACGAGGUAUUCGGUCAUGGGAUGUCGACUUAAAAUCCUGUAACCUGAACCUUCAUCUCCAAGAAUUUCUCUCCCAUCACACGGCUUCUUUUAAGGGUGCAGGGCAGAAGUGUCUGCGCUACAGUACCAGAGUGUUGGACACUCAGGUGCUGAUCAGUCCAUCUCAGGAACAGGCUCAUACAGAGGUGUUUGCUCUGUUGUCCAGGGAAUCGGCACAUAAGCUGUUGAUCUUGGCCGGUCAGAGCGUGGAGGACAGCGGUGACCUGCUGUUUCACAGAGGACUGCUCUCACCACACCAACUGAAAGAAAUAAUAACAGGCCAGUUCAUAGAUCAAGGGAGCUCUGCCUCCUCCUCCAAACUCAGCCUGACCCUCAGCUGUCCCAACAUCGGCCAGUGGAGGAAUACCCUCUUGGGAAACCAGCCUCUGCAGGGUCCUUUCACGCUGCACAUCAACCCCCCAGAGGUGCUGCCUGCCAUGGAGGCUCUGGGGGAAUUCACCUCCCUCAUCUCUGGCACCCUUUCCCCUCCAUCUCCCUUCGACCUCCUGCCUCCCCCCACCACUGUUGGUUUUCUCAAGCUGUCCCGCCCCUGCUGCUAUGUGUUCCCUGCCGGCCGCGGUGACUGUGCCUUUUUCGCCGUCAACGGGUUCACUGUGCUGGUGGACGGCGGCUCGGACUCUCAGGCCUGUUUCUGGAAGCUGGUCCGCCACCUUGACCGAGUCGAUGCAGUUUUGUUGACGCACAUUGGGACAGAGAACCUCCCCGGGGUCAACAUAUUCCUGGAGAGGAAGGUGGCUGAGUUGGAGCUGAGCUAUGAUAUCAAAGAUGACUCAUCUAAGAGGCUCAUCUCCCCCGAGCUUGGAGUUGUGUUCUUUAAUGCCCCCAACAGGUUGCAGGUGGAGGAACAGCCUUGUGUGGACAAUGUACUGAAGAGCACACACCAGGCGGCCCUAACCCUACAGCUGUUAAAGAAGUUAGACAUCCGACCACAGCCAAUGUUUCGACCUCAAGGGGUCCCUAUUGAACCGCUAACCCUGUUCCAGAAGAUGGGAGUGGGGCAGCUGGAUUUAUACAUCCUCAACCCUGGCAAGAACAGCCAAGAGUACCACACAUUCAUGCAAAAUUGGCCUGAUGCAGUGUCCUCAGCAUCCAAAUCCCAAACUCUCCCUCUCAAUGCGCUGGCAUCAGUUGCUGCCCUGCUCGUGUGGCACCCAGCGUGUCCCCAGGAGAAGGUGGUCAGGGUGCUUUUCCCUGGCAUUACCCCACAGGCAAAGCUACUGCAGGGGCUGGAGAAGCUGAAGGGGCUGGCCUUCCUCCAGAAACCCACAGUGACCACGGGGGAUAUGGAGAGGCUGGGCGAGGAGAAAAAGACCAAGAGGACAGAAAGCCAGGACAGCGCCAGGUCACAAGGGAAGGAGUCAACACCCAAACAUGGAAAGGAGCGGGGAGUUAAAGAAGAGGGAAAAGAGGUGCUGGUUAGGGAAAAAGGAAAAAUAUUUAAUGGAGUCGCUACAAGAGAUGUUGAUAAAACCAGAGUCAAAGAGACAGGUGUAAAGCAAAAAGCAGCAUCGUCAGAGAAGAAUACAUCGAAGAAAGGAGGAGGGAAGGAUGGGAAAAAGGAGGCUGGAAACAAAGAGGAGAACAGUGUUAUGAGGAAUGAUCAGGGUAAAAAGGACGUUCUCCCUUCCAAACCAAAGACUGAAAAUAAAACUAAGCUCAAAAAGGAAGCAAAAAAUGACUCGAAAACAGGGACGAAGAAAACAAAAAAACCAUCAGGAAAGGAGGCGAAUAAUGGUAAGAAGGUAAACACUGAACUGUCUACCAAACCCGAUGAUGGGAGUGGGUUAGAAAACCCAGAGGCAGGGGGUCUUGAUGCAGAGCAGCAGAAUCAAAAACCAGAGAAAGAGUCUGAAGAGAACCCCUGUGGCUCCAAAAUGUCCACCCCUGAGGAUAUGACAGCUGAUUUUCUCAUGCUCCGGGAGGAAAGUGAAAGAGGAGAGGCGCAGGUGGAAACAGCAGAUAAAGGGAAGCUGAACAGCAAUGAGCCAGGAAAUGAAAAGAGCCUUGGGGGUAUGAGUGAGGAGAAGUGUAAUGAAGCUGCUUAUACCCUCGAGGAAGAUGCAGCAGGUGGUGCAGGGUUAAUGGGAGGAGAGAGUGGUGAUAAUGGAGUGCAAGAUAAGGCUUGGACUGAAGAGAAAGCAAAUGUGGAGCUGCAGAAAGAACCUGUAGACCAGCCUGGAAAUGCUGCCAAAGCAGCAAAGGUUGUAGGAUUUCCAUCUCCCCUGAACAAGGCGCCAAAGAGCGAGCGCACAGUCCAGCUUGACUUAACCCCGACGGAAUACACUCUCCUUGACGGGGCUUUGAGAAACAGCCCUCCCUCGAGAUCCUCUCCAGAGAACCAGGCCCCCGUCAGCCCAGACGAGGAGACCGUAGAGCCUGCCUCCCCGGAUUCACGGCCCAACAGCGCAGGCCACACUCCUUACUGUCUGUCCCCAGAUGAUGUGUGGUGCAACAGGGCCACUCUGAGCAGGUUACAGGCCCAGAUGGGUAACAUGGACUCCGCUGAUGUCAGCCAGCCAAAUGGAUCAUCCAAGCAAAGCGAGGGGCAGCCCAAAAGCACUCCAGAGAGCCACACACAGCCCAGAGAGCGGCAACUAAGUUUCCUGUCUUUGGGUACAUUUAGAGAGGGAUCUUCAGACCCCUCUCCCUCUCUCACCACCACCACCACGACACACUCCAUGCCAGCGGAGGUGAGCUCUCCUCAGUCCACAGAAGUCGAUGAAUCACUGUCCAUGUCCUUGGAGCAAGGACCGACCACUGUGAGCCAGAGAGAGGGGGAUGACAGUGUUCAUACCUCCAAUGGAGGCCAUUUUGCUGGGAUGUCUUUACCACUGAAGAAGCCUCCCAGAUCUUUAGGGCAGGGCUCAGAGAUGGGGCGGCCUCCAGCGCCUACCACGCUUCAUUUUGAGGUGUCAGCUCACGACGUGGAUCUAUGUCUGGUGUCGCCCUGCGAGUUCAAGCACCUCAAACAGCUUGACUCCGGCUCAGGUGCGAGCGAGCCCUCCAGGGGAGCCUUUGCUGUGCAUCAACACGGCAACAACAACAACAACCCCAAGGACACGUCACCAAGUGAGUCAAACGCCCCCAUGUGCACGGAGGACUGCCCGUCCACCACAGCAGAUGGAGUUCUGGACUCAGAUGAGGAUGAGUCGUGUAGUGAGCCAUCCAACUCUCCACACGAUCUCCGGUCCAGUCAGGUGCUGCCCCCGGACCCUCUUCCAGCUCCUCUCAGGGACAGUCCACCCCUGCCCCCACAUCCUGACGCAUCCAUGCCUGUUCCUCAGACUGACGCUGACGCUCACGGGAAGAAAGCAAAAGCAACCGGCAUGCGAGGGAAGAAAACUCUAGCGGUUAUUGAGGCCUCCCAAAAAUCAGGCUCAGGGAAAAGCAGGACAGGGGGCCAGACUGGAGUUGCAAAGGGGAAUGUGUCUUCUACUCGUACACCGUCCUCCAGCACGCGCUCUGCACCAGCAAAAUCCUCACCCACUCCAGGCUCUAAGUCUACCUCUGCUGGUGAAGUCAGUGUGUACGUGGACCUGGCCUAUAUUCCCUCUGGAGCCUCCACUCCAACAGUCAGCGUGGACUUCUUCAGAUGCAUUCGCUCCUCCUGUUACAUCAUCAGCGGAGACAGUCCAGAGAAAGAGGAGCUGAUGAGGCAGACGCUGGACGCACUACUGGAUGCCAAGAUGACCUGGACGGACACUAUGCAGGUGACAGUGAUCCCUACCUUUGAGUCGGUGCAGAUGCAGGAGUGGUACCAGCAGACCCUGGACAGACAGAAGGAGCAGGGCAUCACCGUGCUGGGUUCCAACAGCACUGUCGCCAUGCAGGACGAGACCUUUCCUGCCUGCAAGAUAGAGUUUUGAGGCGGACUUAUGGAUGCAGCGAUGGAAGAUGGAGGUCUAGAUGUCCAAGAACGGAUGUUCAGAUUCUGGUGGGAUGUAAAUCAUCCCAUCGUGACUGAUUAUCUCUGUCUUCAGAGGAUUAGUUCACGCAAAUGUGAAUGUGACGUACAGACUUUCCUAAAAACCAAAGCAUGACAUCACCAAGACACCACCUACUAUUUUCCCCUUCGUUCGAAUGCUGCCUCAAAAUACAGGAAAAAGAUUCAGCAUCUCUAAAUUACUUGUAAAACAUUUUGUAAUUAAAUAAAUGCACAUUUGUUUUAUUUUGUGCUCUUUUCUUUUAAUCACACUCUUGAGCAAAAGGCCACCAGAUUAAAUGAUUUAUUGGCCUCGGAUGGGUCGAACUAGAUCUGUAACCAUGGGUAAAAAUGACUUGAACCCCACAGUAGCCAAGUGAAUUGUAACUAUGUGUAUGUGUCCCGCAUGUAUAAAAUACUGUACGUACUGUAUGUUGUUUCAUUCAUGAUAUUCAUGAAGACAGAGAGCAAAGCACUGUGGGAGAGCGGGAUGAACAUGGAGAACCUUUCACUUUGUAAUUGUCUGUAAGUACAUACAGUAACAAUGUCAAAAUGUGUGGGUUGUAUGAAUAAAGAAUGUGCAUCACCA